AUGUAUCAAUCAAGUGCGCGAAGAGAAAAACCAAGACACCCACUCGAAGGUCCCGAAUCCGUCCCGCUAAUGCGUUCGGAAGUGCGAAGACGAGUGGCGGCGAGCAGCACACAAUGGAAAAAAGGCCGGCAGAUGUUCUCAGAUUCAGACGGUUAUCUAUCUCUUCGAGGUUAGGUCAGGCUCAAAGAACAGGAAAAGUUGAGCAAAUGAGGUCAGGUCGAGCUGAAAUAUUCGAGGAACCAGAAGCUGAUUGACUUUGGGAAUUUCAGUUGAGCUUUCAAGAUAAGCCAGUUUCAAGAAAAGGCACACUUUUUGAAAAAAUUGAUCAACUUCAGCGAGAGGUUGCAGAAGCAGAUCAUCCAGUAAGCAAGUCAAACCGAACUAUUCUCGUAGUCUCUCUCCUCUGAGCAUCAUGCCAGACCAAGUCAGGCUACAAAUCAAACAAAGAGCUGAUCAACUUUCCAGCGCCAAGUCUAGCUCAAACUGUGGUUUUUGAAGGACAAAACCUUGAUCAACUUCUACAAGAUCGUUGACUCUGUUCAACGCCAAACUGGGCUUGAACAAGAAAAUUGAUUCUCCUGAGCGUCAUGCCAUGUCAAGUCGGGCUACAACUCAAACAAGAAGACGAGGAGAAGAAGUUGAAUGCCACGGACGUCGUCACCGUCCUCCUCGUCCUCGUCGUCGAGAAAAUCACCUUCUCAUGA